AUGAAACUCUCUUCUGCCAUUCUUAUUGCGCUCGCGUCGAGCGCCGCCGCGGCGCCGGUCGCCCCCGGCGAGUCGAUGCUCGAGGACCCCACCGGGAUUGUGACCACUCCCCUCUCGCACGUCAUUGACGGCGUCAUGUCCGCCCUCAACGGCAACUUCCAGUUCACUGGCACGCGCCAGGACCUGCAGCAGGGCGUGCAGGGCGCCUCGGGCCUGUGGCAGGGUGUCCAGCAGCAGGCGCAGAACGCCCAGCAGGGCCAGCAGGGCCAGCUGACCCCCCAGCAGCAGCACCAGCAGGCUCAGCAGGCUAAGCAGGGCCAGCAGCAGGGUGGCAUCCUGUCGGGCCUGUUCAACGGCAUCUCGGGCAUGUUCAACGGCGGCAACAAGCCCUCCGACAGCCCCUCGGCCACCAACCUGCCCUUCAUCGGCGGCCUGUUCCAGAACUCGGGCUCGAGCUCCAACACUGGCACUGGCUCGCUCCUCGGCAACCUCUUCCGCGUUGGCUCGUCGACCUCGCCCAAAUCUGCCGCCGCCUCCGUCAAGGCCGAGGGCGGCGGUGCCUCUGCCGACAUUGCGAUCAAGGUGUCCGGCUUCCCCACCGAGCUGUCCGAGCAGAACCUCCGCUCUACGCUCGGCAAGCUCAACCUCGGCCUCAACGAGGAGCAGACCAAGUACACCAUCCAGCUGAUCCAGACCCUCGUCGCCGCCUUCUUCAGCGGCAAGCAGAUCCCCAACGCCAACGACAUCAGCGAGUUCAUCCCCAACAAGGUCCCCGGCAACCUGUCCCAGGACCAGGUCAAGGCCAUCAACAACGCCAUCUACCCCACCCUCAACAUUGUCCUCAAGAACAUGGGCACCCUGAACGGUAUCCAGGACACCAUUGCCCAGGUCCUCACCCGUGGCAACUAA